AUGCGACUCUCUUCACUUUUAACCAGCCUUGUCUACGCGACGGCUCUCGUCGCUGCACACACCUCGAGAUGUGGCUCCCAGUUGUCCACCGAGGAGACGGUGCUCGCCGAGGAUCACUUCCAAGCGAACAAAGUCUCUGUCGCUCGUUUCACUGAAGGCUCCGACGACAAGUACAACAUCGACGUCCAUUUCCACGUCAUUAACACUGGCGACUCUCUCGCCGAAGGCAACCUCGAAGACUCGCACAUCGAAGCCCAAAUCGCCGUCCUGAACGAGGACUACGCGAGCACCGGCUUCUCCUUCACCUUGGUCAACAUCACCAGGACUUUGAAUGCCGACUGGUUCGAUAACGCCGUUUUCCGAAACAGCUAUGGCGCCGAAAUGAAGCGGGCUCUGCGAACUGGAGGGCCGGAGACCCUUAACAUCUUCACCGUCGGUUUCACCACCAGACAUCCUCUGUUCACAGGGUAUUCCUCCUACGCGAGUAUGAUGCGCACCGAACCUGAGAUUGACGGCCUAGUUCCUGAUUGUCUUCCGACGUCAGUUGUCCGUUACAACACCCUCCCCGGCGUCGGCCUCCCUCCCUACAACAUGGGAAGGUCCGCAACCCAUACUCUCGGCCACUGGUUCGGACUGUACCACACCGCCCAAAACGCGUGUGGGUCCCUCGGGGACUUUGUCGAUGACACCCCGCUCGAGGCGUCCGAGGCGCUCGGGUGUCCCAUCGGCCGUGAUACCUGUCCUGACGACCCUGGACUUGAUCCCAUCCACAACUUCAUGGAUUCCACCGAUGACGACUGCAUGAAGGAGUUCACCCCGGGUCAGGCCCAGCGUAUGCGCGAACAGGUUGCGACCUAUCGUGGAAUUGUCUUUUAA